AGGGCUGCCAGCAUGUCUCCCUGAAGGAGAUGCUCUUGGCGGGCAGGCGCGCGGGCGGCGCUCCCCCGGCCCGGUGUGCGGCGGCGGCUUCCCGGCCGCGGAUCGCUCUCGCGAGGGGAGGCGAGCGGCUCGGGCUGGGGCGGCGUAGAGCCCUCCCCGGGGCUGCGCGGGACCGGCCGGGAGCGAGGAAUUUCCACCUCCGCCCACGCCUUCCGCUGGCGCCGCGGGGCCAGUCGCUGCCCGCCGGGCGGGGAGGGGAAGGAGGAGGAGGAGGAGGAGGAGGAGACUGCAGGGGAGCGGAGAAGGAAGGAGCCGCGGGGGCUGAGCGCUGGAGCCGCGGGUGACCCGCCCCUGGAGAGACCCCGGCACCGGAGCCGGGCGGAGCCAUGGAGCAGUAACCCCUUGAGCCCUUCCAGCGCCGCCACUUGUCCGGUCCCCCCCCCACCAGCCGCGCGCCCGCCCGCCCGCCCCCGUUUUGCUGGCGCGGGGAUUGGGACGAGGGAGCCAAAGAGUUUUGCCCGCAGCGCCGCCGCCGCCGCCCCCCGCCAGGGCCACGAUGAGCGAGGAGAGCUCCGAGGUGCCCCGGGAGCAGCUAGAAAGUAUCAAGGAUGUUAUUGGGAGGAAGAUUAAAAUUUCAGUGAAGAAAAAAGUAAAGCUAGAAACCAAGGGAGAUAAAGUGGAUAACAAAAUAUUGGUGCUUACAUCAUGUCGGGCCUUCUUGUUGACCUCCCGCAUUCCCACCAAGCUAGAACUAACUUUCAGCUACCUGGAAAUCCAAGGAGUAACCUCCAGUAAACCAGGUCAGCUGAUUGUUGAAACGGAGAAAUGCAGCAUUUCCAUGAAGAUUGCUUCAUCAGAAGAUGUGAAUGAAGUGAUGGCACACAUUGGAACGUGCCUCAGGAAAAUAUUCCCUGGUCUGUCUCCAGUGAGAAUCAUGAAAAAAGUAACUAUGGAGCCCUCAGAAAGACUGGCUAAUCUCCAGGCACUGUGGGACAGCCAGACUGUAACAGAACUGGGACCUUGUGGGGGAUUUUCACAAAUGUAUGCAUGUGUUUGUGACUGGCUUGGAUUUCCAUAUAGGGAUGAGGUACAGUGGGAUGUGGAUACAAUCUAUCUGACCCAAGAUACCAGGGAGUUGAAUUUGCAAGACUUCAGCCAUCUUGACCACAGAGACUUAAUACCUAUAGUUGCUGCCCUGGAAUACAAUCAGUGGUUUACAAAGCUGUCCUCUAAGGAUCUGAAAUUAUCCACUGAUGUCUGUGAGCAGAUCCUGAGAGUGGUGAGUAGAUCCAAUCGAUUGGAAGAAUUGGUAUUAGAGAAUGCCGGGCUUAGAACAGAUUUUGCACAGAAACUGGCCAAUGCCCUAACCCAUAAUCCUAACUCAGGACUUCAUACAAUUAACCUUGCUAGCAACCCUCUUGAGGACAGAGGUGUGUCCUCUCUAAGUAUCCAGUUUGCCAAACUCCCGAAGGGACUGAAACAUUUAAAUUUAUCUAAAACCUCAUUGUCACCUAAAGGGGUGAAUAGCCUUUCCCAGUCACUGAGUGCCAACCAGCUGAUUGCUAACACUCUCACCUACCUUGACCUCUCAGGGAAUGUUCUCCGGGGUGAUGAUCUCUCCAGCUUGUAUAAUUUUUUGGCCCAGCCAAAUGCCAUUGUUCAUCUGGAUUUAUCCAACACAGAGUGCGCACUAGACAUGGUGUGUGGAGCUCUCCUCCGCGGAUGCCUUCAGCACCUAGCUGUGCUCAGCCUGUCCAGAACAGUUUUUUCUCACAGGAAAGGAAAGGACGUUCCCCCAUCGUUCAAACAGUUUUUCAGCAGUUCACUUGCUUUGAUGCAAAUCAGCUUUUCGGGGACUAAACUCUCUCCUGAGCCUCUAAAAGCACUCUUAUUAGGCUUGGCUUGUAAUCCGAACCUGAAAGAGGUGUCUUUAGAUCUCAGUAGCUGUGAGCUUGGUCACUGUUUGAGAUCUGGAGGUGCACAAGUUCUGGAAGGGUGCAUAGCAGAAGUACACAAUAUCACCAGCCUAGACAUUUCAGACAAUGGCCUAGAAUCUGAUCUCUCGACACUUGUAAUCUGGCUUAGUAAAAAUCGAUCAAUAAGACACUUGGCGUUAGGCAAAAAUUUUAACAACAUGAAAUCCAAAAAUCUUACUCCUGUACUUGAUAAUUUAGUACAGAUGAUUCAAGAUGAGGAUUCACCUUUGCAGUCACUAUCCCUGGCAGAUUCCAAGCUGAAGACUGAGCUUACCAUAAUUAUCAAUGCAUUGGGCAGCAAUACUUCUCUUACAAAAGUGGAUAUUAGUGGAAACGGAAUGGGAGACAUGGGAGCAAAGAUGCUAGCAAAAGCCCUACAGAUAAACACCAAGCUCAGAACCGUAAUAUGGGAUAAGAAUAAUAUCACCGCACAGGGCUUCCAGGACAUAGCAGUUGCAUUGGAAAAGAAUUAUACUUUAAGGUUCAUGCCAAUACCUAUGAAUGAUGCUUCUCAAGCACUUAAAACAAACCCUGAAAAAACAGAGGAGGCGCUGCAAAAGAUAGAAAACUACUUGCUUCGUAAUCAUGAGACCAGAAAAUACCUACAGGAGCAGGCGUACAGGCUGCAGCAGGGCAUCGUCACCAGCACCACACAACAGAUGAUUGACAGAAUAUGUGUUAAAGUGCAAGAUCAUCUCAACUCCUUAAGAAAUUGUGGUGUGGAUGCUGUACAGGAAGACCUGAAAUCCGCAGAAAGGCUUAUGCGGGAUGCUAAGAACUCCAAAACACUAUUACCAAAUCUGUACCAUCUUGGUGGAGCUUCUUGGGCAGGAGUGAAUGACUCAUUAUCCAAUCCGAUACAGGAGACACUGGAAUCCAUGGCUGGGGAAGUCACGAGGGUUGUGGAUGAACAACUUAAGGCGCUGCUUGAGUCUAUGGUGGACGCAGCUGAGAAUCUUUGCCCAAAUGUGAUGAAGAAGACCCACAUUCGGCAAGACCUGAUUGAGGCCAGCACCGAGAAGAUUUCCAUUCCACGUACCUUUGUUAAAAAUGUGCUCUUGGAGCAGUCUGGAAUUGAUAUCCUCAAUAAAAUUAGCGAAGUGAAGCUGACUGUGGCGUCUUUCCUGUCUGACCGAAUUGUGGAUGAAAUCCUGGAUGCACUUUCACAUUGCCAUCAUAAACUGGCUGACCAUUUGACCAGACGUGGUAAACCACUUCCACAUCAGGAGUCACUGGAGAUUGAAUUAGCUGAAGAGAAACCAACUAAGCGCUCCACCGUCACAGUAGAAGAUUUGACUGAGAUAGAACGUUUGGAGGAUCUAGACACUUGUAUGACUCUCUGCUGUACAAGUAUGACUCCUAAGUCUAAAAGGAAAAGCAUCCACAGUAGAAUGCUCCGGCCUGUAUCUAGGGCUUUUGAAAUGGAAUUUGACCUGGAUAAAGCACUGGAAGAAGUACCUAUCCAUAUAGAAGAUCCACCAUUCCUUUCCAGCAGACCGGACAAACGAACUUUUGGAUUCAUCUCAGAGCUACCAUCCGAGGAAGGGAGAAAACUGGAGCACUUUACAAAAUUAAGGCCUAAAAGGAAUAAAAAACAACAGCCCAGCCAAGCAUCAGUGUGUGGGGCAACACCUCAGGAAGGAGAACAGAAUGGCCUCAUGGGUAGAGUGGACGAAGGUGUUGAUGAAUUUUUCACCAAGAAAGUGACAAAAAUGGAUUCAAAGAGAUCGUCAAUGAAACGUUCAGACGCCAACGAGUCCAGUGAAGUGGGUGAUGAAAGGAAAAAAAGAGAUUCUCGGAAAAGUGGGUUUCUCAACUUAAUUAAAUCUCGAUCCAAAUCUGAACGUCCUCAGACUGUAUUGGUGGCAGAAGAGCCUUCCUCACCCAAAGGGGCUGUCAAAAGUCCAGCUGUGGACACUACUAAGAAGGAGCUAAAAUCAGCUGAACAGAAUGGCGGCACAGAGCAAGCCGAGGAAUUAAAAACACCAGACUCUCUAGAGGAGAUACAGCCAGAGGAUGCUGCAAGAGCGGAGAGGGGUGACAACAAAGGCAGCCCACAGGGAGGUCGUAGGUAUGGGGUGCAAGUGAUGGGCAGUGGACUCCUAGCAGAAAUGAAAGCCAAGCAGGAAAGGAGAGCAGCUUCUUCACAGAAGAGACUAGGGAACGAAGUGGCUCCCAGGGAUUCUCACAAUACCACAGUGAGCUCUGAACGGCUGGACGGCAGUGGUACAGUGCCUAAACUCCACCAAACCCUCCCAGAGAAUCGUUUUGCCUUGAGUAAAGGUGACUCUGUCAUGGCAUCCUUGGAAAAAAAUCCAAAAACUGAACCAAAGGCUGAAGCUGGUGCAAGGGCUAGAUGUUCUUCCAAUACGCCCACGAGUCCAAAACCCCCAGUGCAGUCGAAGCCCAGCCCGACGGGACGUCCCACAGUUCCACAGAAGCCACGCUCUGCCUCUCGCAAUGAGGACAUCCCAGAGUCUCCAUCAGGCCCUGGUUCCCCUAAAGUUCCUCUGCUUCCACCUGUGCUAAAGAAAGUUCCUUCUGAGAAAGAAAAAGAUGGUCAAAGCAGCCCCCAGCCCGCUAUCAGAUCAUUUUCUCAAGAAGAGCAAACAGGAGAGUAUAACAAAAGAGAUACAGAUCAUGACUGUGACAAGCCAGCCAGUGGAGGGAAAAGAGCUUCAAGGCAGUACUCUACCAGUGCAGAAGAGGAAGUGAAUGCACUUGUACACAGGAAGUCACAGCCAACAACUGCUCCAAAAAGAAGCCCUGGACACCAGACCCAUGAAUACCAAGAACUAAAACAGAGGUCUUUAAGUAAAGAUGGCCAGCAGGGAAGCAAGUCCAGUGACUCUGGAGAAGAAGCAGAUAAAGAUUUUAUUUUUGUUUAGUUUUCAGUACAAAUGCUUGGUAGUGCAAGAUCUUUCAUAACAAUCUGGGUACAACAAUCAAUGACCCUUCUAUUUACCAGCCAUUGUUUAACCCUGGAUGCAUUUUUGUGUAUACACCUAAAUGAUCAUGAUUUACAGUACAAUCAGUAUGCAUUGAUUUGGUCUUUAACUUCCGUUAUGUAUGAUUUCAGACCUUCCCUUCCAUGCCUUUGCUAAAGCCAGCAAUUAUAUCAUGUACUCUACUUGAAUUUCUCUGAAGCAGCUACAAGGAACACCCCGCAUUAGGGCAUUUAGAAGCAAAGCAAAUAACUGGACACUAUCUUACACUAAUACACUGUACAGCAGGUAAUGUGUUGUACUGCUGAAUGUAAAUGUGUCAAAUCUGCACGUGACUUACCUAUAAAUAUAUUCUUGCGGUAUGAAAUUGCACAUUGUAAUUUAUAUUAACAGAGCACACUAAUCAAAUAAUUUGUAUAAAUUAUAUAUAUUAGAUGCUUGAGUAUGGUUUUUACAUUCUCCCAUAGGGACCUUCUUUCUUCCUGUUGUGUUGUACAUAAAACUCAAAUGCUUACAUUUGUGUACUGUCAGAAAGCACAACACAGAAGAAUCUGAAUGAAAUCUUAUGCUUCCGCAUUCAUACAUUAAUGUAUAUAGUUGAUUGGAAUGAGAGCAAUUGACAUUUUAUUAAUAUUGGUGUUUUCUAGAGGCCUUCUUAAGUUCUGUCUGCAUAUUAGCUUCCUUUUAAUGUGUAAUUCUAAGAGAAAAAUAAUUUGACGCCUGUAAAAACAAUUCUGCUUGUUUUUUCAUAUUUCACAGACAUUCACUUGCAUUACAGGUUGAAGCGAUUUUAUGUAUAUUUGUACCAAUAAAAAUGAUUUUACAACUGAAA